AGGGGUGUGGGAAUAGCUGGAAAUGUUUCAGCCGGAUAGUUGACCAGCAAGCAGACACGCUGGUGCUUUUGCUGCGGUUGCUGAGAAAAAAAUCCCUGUCUCGGCAUGGGCCACCAGCUCACGGCUUCGCAAAGGGAAUGACAACGGUUUAUGUGGUCAUUAUAUACCCGGGAGAGCGUGAAGUGAAGGAGUCCGAUUGCCACACCAGGUGAGCAGAAGAGGGAGUGAGACGUGAAGAGGAAGGAGGCUUCGUUAUUUCAACAAGAUCCCGUACAGAAGAAAGUGCCUUCUCUGACAUUCCUACUUGAAGCUGCUCACCGCUCUCAUCCUACAUUGUAAACAACACUGGCUUGGCCUCCAAAAAGAUCUCAAUUCCUCAGACUUGCCAAAGCACAAGGAACUGACAAGCUCUUUCCAUUCACGGACAUUAUUAGAUAUCAUUCCAAGGAGAGCCAUUGCCUUCAGAUAUUGCUGUCCACAACCAUCGGCUCAAGACCAUUUGGAGACCUGAAGCAUGUUCUUAUUGUCGCGGCAGUGUUGUGCACCUGGGAAUAAAUGACUGAUGAACGACUUGGCAGAGAUUUGACAGCUUCACUGAUAGCAGCCAUCUCCUGUGCGACAGCCACCGGGGGUCUGAAUGUGACAUCUCUAUUUAAAGGGCCUUGCUAACAAACCACAAAACAACACAGAAAUACGUUCACAGACUUUUGAACCCAAAUCAACAGUCCCGCUACUGACACCGUAGAGGUUCUCAAACAGCUAUGGCUUUAAACAUUGCGUCGAUGCGAGACACAAAAUGGCUGACGCUCGAGGUGUGCCGGCAGUUUCAGAGAGGGACGUGCUCGCGCAGCGAUGAGGAAUGCAAAUUCGCUCACCCGCCCAAGAGCUGCCAGGUGGAGAACGGACGGGUGAUCGCCUGCUUCGACUCGCUGAAGGGUCGGUGUACGAGAGAGAACUGUAAGUACCUUCACCCACCAGCGCAUCUGAAGACGCAGCUGGAAAUCAACGGACGCAACAACCUCAUCCAGCAGAAGACUGCAGCAGCGAUGCUGGCGCAGCAGAUGCAGUUCAUGAUCCCUGGCACCACCAUGCAACCAAUGUUCCAUAUAUUGUCUUCUUCACAGCCUACAUUUCCUGUCAGCCAAGGUCUGGACUCAAACCCUGGACUAAGUUACGCACCGUAUCUGACUCCCAUGAGCCAUGGCAUGGGUUUGGUCCACACAGAGAUGCUUCCCAGCACCCCUGUAAUCGUCCCCGGCAGCCCGCCGGUCAGUGUGCAGUGCUCGUCCUCCACACAGAAACUACUGCGCACAGACAAGCUUGAGGUGUGUCGUGAGUUUCAGAGGGGCAACUGUGCACGCGGCGAGACCGACUGCCGCUUCGCCCAUCCUAGCGACAGCCCCAUGAUUGACACGAGCGACAACACGGUCACCGUGUGCAUGGACUACAUCAAGAGCCGCUGCUCGCGCGAGAAGUGCAAGUAUUUCCACCCUCCGGCGCACCUGCAGGCCAAGAUCAAAGCAGCCCAGCAUCAGGCCAACCAGACUGCCGUCGCAGCGCAGGCCGCCGCUGCAGCCAUGACUCAGUCGACUGCCAAAGCAAUGAAGCGACCCCUCGAGGCAUCUGUAGAUCUGGCAUUUCCCCAUGGAAUCCUGCAGCCCCUACCAAAGAGACCAGCACUAGAAAAGAAUAAUGGGGCCAGUACGCUCUUCAACCCCAGUGUCUUGCACUACCAACAGGCUUUGGCCAGCGCACAGCUUCAGCAGCCCACCGCUGCAUUCUUUCCCACAGGGUCAGUUCUGUGCAUGGCUCCUGCUAGCAGCAUUGAUCAUCUUGAAGUAAACCACAGAAGAGGAACGGGGUGUCAGGAAGCUGCUUUGAGAAACCCAAGAAGAUCCCCGUGUAAAUACGACCUGCCCUCACCUUUAGAACUACAGCAACCUGCAUGCUAAAGUGUAAACACACAAAACACACACCAUAUACCUGUUAUGCUUGCAAAAGUGACUCAACCGGUUUCUAACUUAAAAGAUAUAAAAACGAGACAAGAAAACAUGUGUGUAUAUAUAUAUAUAUAUAUAUAUACACAUUUAAUAUAUAUAAUGUACAGCAAGUUUCUUAGAGGCAUAAGUGAGAUUCAUCCCAAUGAUCGGUCACCCAUCAGAUAAUGUGUAUUUUUCUCCCAUGGUUGUUUUAAAUACAAAUGCACAAUGAGUGGGCGACGAGCUAGAAAACACACACUCAAACAGUUUGCACUGUCGGAAAUAGUGCUUAAUAAGUGCUUGAUUGUCUUGAACGGGAGGACAUCUCCUGCAGAGUAUGUCUUAAACAUCCCCAUGCACCCUCUAGAUAGGGGAAAGAGGGGGUUUAUUUCUUAUUUUAAUACACAAAAACACCGAAUGUCAAACGGCGGACACAAAGAAGAUUGUCUACUGGUCAGAAUGCGCUCCUCUUCUUGGACUUGAGCUAUCUUCGGAAACUAUUAGAGAAGCUAUUAUUUCCAACUCUUCAUCCCCAGUGGCCAAAGAAAGGUUUACAACGACACAAAGCGCAUAACGGUUGAAAACCAGUCAGCGUCGGAAGUGCGAAUGUGGCAAACCACGUGCCAUGCAAUCACUUUUCUGUCUGUGUCUCUGCUAAAGGACUGUGUUUUACUCCUUUCUUUUUUUGUUUUUAAAUGGACACUGAAUGAUCUUGAUGCACCCGUGGAAACACUGGCCAUCAGGGAGUCGACUCUGGCUUCUAUCCCGUGCCAAGGGCUUACAUUAAACUGGAGAGCUGCUGUAAACAAACUCGUACACGAGACGGACUUCUCCAAAAUGUCUGGGGCCUGUUUGUAGUCCCACUCACACAGUGCCCAGUGAGCAGAAAUGACGAUGACGUGGGGGAAACGUUGCAGUAGACUAUCUUUGACACAUUGUGAAUGGAGGGUGCUGUGCUCUCGCCGAUAAUCCUGUUUUAUUUGAUAAACAGUAGAAGUGCCUAAAAAAAAAAAUAUUUUACACAGCAAGCAUCUUAAGAAGAUGAUUUUAUGUGGGGUUGGGGGUUAUAAAACAAUUUAAAGCAGAGCUCCUGAAAUGAUUUUGGACAGAAAAGAGACGAAAAACGAAACAAAACAUGUAGUUAAAUGCAUUUCAUGCACAUCAUGGUCUGUUUCAUUACACAAUAUCGAUGUUGCUAGAAAUUGGAGCAAGAUGGCAUAGGCAGAAUGUUUGUUUUGUUGUACGAUGUUAGCUUUUAUGCUUUCUUGGAGUAGUUGACAUUGGAAAUGUAAGGAACUUCGAGCUAAAUGUCUGUAACACGCAUGACGUUUUGAGUUUGGUAAACGAUUGUCAUUGCGGUGUUUUCUUAACUAGUUAUGUUGAGUCUGAGGGCUGUCCUCCGUUAAAGAAAUAGUUCACUCAAAAAUAAAAAAUUGCUGUUAAUGUACUCUCCCUCAGACCA